CCGACUGUCAACACAACCAUCAUCACUCAUCCUACCUUUUACAUUAUCUUUUCUACAAUAGUACAAAAGUAAAUAUAUUUUAACAUUUGAUUAUCGUCCAUCAUGUCCGUCAAUCAAAAUCCCCUGAGAACAUCCCUUCCCACGACACACGCCGCUGCUUCAGAUUCCUCCCGUCGCCAACAAAAGAAACCCCAGGGCCAGUCCAACUCAGGAGUCGACCCCCGUCACAUGGCCAUAGCCCUGCACCACGCCCACCGCAUUCAAUCCCAAAAAGAUACCGCAUCCCUCAUCCUCGACCGCAUCCUCGAUCUCGUUUCCUUCCCUUACUCGCCAACCGCAGACCCGUCGACGCCAUCUCCCGAAGACGCGCUUUUGUUCAAGAACGCGCUGGUGCCGUUCCAGCCUACGGACUAUGAUAACCUCAUUCAAGAACGGAAUAUCGAGGGUCUAUGUGGCUACGGUUUAUGUCCGCGAGAGCAUCGCAGGGAAGAGGGCGGUGGCAUGUUCCGGAUUAAAUACGGCGCCAAAGGGAGCGGUCCGGGCGGAAGGGGCCGGGAGAUGAAUAUCGUUCCCAAGGAGAAGUUGGAAAUGUGGUGUUCGGAUGAGUGUGCGGAGCGGGCGAUGUAUAUCCGGGUUCAGUUGGCGCAUGAGCCAGUCUGGGAGCGAAGGGGGGAUGAUUCGCGGAAUAAGGAUCUGCUUCUACAUGAGGAGGCGCGGGAGCAGCAGGGCAGGAGCCUGAGAAGUGGUGAUAAUACUGCUACGGUUGGACAGGUUGCGGGCCAGUUGGAAAAUAUGCAUAUGCAUGGUCCUGAGGCCAGAGAUAUGGCUGCUCAGAUGCAGGACUUGUCUCUUCGUUCUCAAGAACUUGCGUUGGAGCGUGGUGAUUCGAGCACUGGGGCUUUCCAGCAUGAUGGACGAGUGGGCGUCCAGAUCAUGGAGAAUGAGAACUUCUCGCAUGCCGUGGCACCUCCGCAGAUGCGUCCGGAGGAUUUCCAGGGUGGUUCCAUUGAAGGAUACUUCCCCAAGCCUCAGGAGUGAGCAAUGUUUUGAUGUUCGUUACGCGAUGUUCAUGAAGAUACCCAAGCUACAUAAAUAGACUCUUGACAGAUACAUAACAGAGUUUGAUAAUAUAAAAAACCCUGAUCAAUAUCAGAUCAAUAUCUCGAGUCCAUAUCCUACGGACCGCCCAGGCCAUUAGCCAUGGACAAAAAAUUGGCAAUCAAGCAUCAUCCCCAGAGGAGAAUCAGCGACACCUUGGUAAUCGGGAAUCAUAUUUUCAUUCCUCAUCCUUCGAACGCUAUCUAAACCGCCAGAACACGCCAAAGGUCGAAGUCGAACGGAGAACGGAAGAACUUUUUUGUUGCACGUCGUAGUCGUAAUUAAUUUAAGAGCGGAAGCGACGGCGCUCAGGCUGCUGAGCCUGGGUGACGUUGACGACGUUGACCUUGAGGUUGUCGAAUCCCAAGCUCUUGAGCAGGUCCUUGGUGUCGGCGUCGACGU